AGGCAGGCUGCUCGCAGCCCGGGGAAAGGGCUGUGUUGUUUCAGUAGUGCAGGGAAAACCCUUGGACCUGAACAUGGAACGGGACUCCUGGCACCUGGGACUUCCCCUUUACCAGUACUUCUAAAUCCCAGCGUUCCCAUGCUGGAAGUGCCUGGUGUGCACCCACAGCCUCAGCUCCUGGAGCGCCUCUUACAUGCGGGGCAGCAACAGUUUCGGCUCAAGGACUCUUGGGAAGAGUUUGCUACCGGUCUGAGUUCAAGAUUAGCCUGUGCCCGGUACUGUUAAACGUCUCUGCUAUCGAAACCGUAACUCAUUAUAUAAGUGCUUUAUAGACACGGGCAGAGGAGGUCUCUGCCUGGAAGAAUUUACAACCUAAUGAGGGCUGAAGUUGUGUGCAGCGUAGCAGCGGAGCUAAAAGCCUUUUGCAUCGAAGAUGGCGGGUGGCGUGGACGGCCCCAUAGGGAUCCCUUUCCCUGAUCACAGCAGCGACAUCCUCAGCAGUCUGAAUGAGCAGAGAAACAACGGGCUGUUGUGCGACGUGGUCAUCUUGGUGGAAGGCCAGGAGUUCCCCACCCACCGCUCCGUCCUGGCGGCCUGCAGCCAGUACUUCAAGAAGCUCUUCACCUCAGGGUUAGUGGUGGACCAGCAAAACGUGUAUGAGAUAGACUUUGUGAGCGCAGAUGCCUUGUCGGCUCUGCUGGAGUUCGCUUACACCGCGACCCUUACUGUCAGCACUUCAAAUGUCAAUGACAUCCUCAACGCCGCCACACUGCUGGAGAUCCCGGCGGUAAGGGAUGUUUGCACGGAUCUCCUGGACAGGAAGAUUCUGGCCAAAAAUGACCAGAUGGAUACAGUAGAUCAAAUUGAUCAAAGGAACCAUCUCAGAGCAAAAGAGUACCUGGAGUUCUUCCAGAGCAACCCCGUCAAUGGCCAUCAAGGCAGCUUUCCGUGGACCAACCCAGAGUUGAGAGACCUUCAGAGACUGAACUUCCGAGGCCAAGAGGAGGAGGAGGAGGCGGACUGCAAUGGCAUGGACUUCUACUCGCAAGCCCCCCUAAACGAAAGACCAAAGGCGAAUGACUGUGAUCCUGACAGCAACCCAGCCAUGUGGCUGGACAGAGAGGAGGAGGAGGCGGCUCCUGGCUCCAUGUUUUCACCUUCUCAGAAUGGACAUUACAGCAGCCGUGGCCUGGCCACACCGGGAGAAGAGGAGGGGACCCCGGGGGGGACUCUGGACCAGCAGGAAGCCGGUGACUCCCCCAGCUUUGUUCCUGCUGGAGCGGAGACGGAGGAUGAUGCAAGGGAGGUGGAUGGGAUGGCUGCGAGCGCCCUGCUGCAGCAGAUGAUGAAUUCCGUGGGGAGGCAGCAGCUCGGGGAGGACGACCGAAAGGAUGACGAUGGGGUCAUGGAUUAUUACUUGAAAUAUUUCGGCAGUUCGAACGAGGGCGAUGUCUAUCCAUCCUGGUCCCAGAAGGUGGAGAAGAAGAUCAGGGCAAAAGCAUUCCAAAAGUGCCCCAUCUGCGAGAAGGUGAUCCAGGGAGCCGGCAAGCUGCCGCGCCACAUCCGCACCCACACCGGCGAGAAGCCCUACGAGUGCAACAUCUGCAAAGUCCGAUUCACCAGGCAGGACAAGCUGAAGGUUCACAUGAGGAAGCACACGGGGGAGAAGCCGUACUUGUGCCAGCAAUGCGGCGCCGCGUUCGCUCACAACUACGACUUGAAGAACCACAUGCGCGUCCACACCGGCCUGCGGCCCUACCAGUGCGACAGCUGCUUCAAGACUUUCGUCCGCUCCGACCACUUGCACAGGCACCUUAAAAAAGAUGGAUGCAACGGUAUUCCAUCCCGGAGGGGCCGUAAACCCCGGGUGAGGGAUGCCGGGGGUCUACCCACCACCCCGCCGGGGAAUCCUGAAGAUGGAAGUUUCCCAACUGGUGGGGAGAGUCAAGAAUCAGAGGACACCCUGCAGAGGAACGGCCAGGAGCAGCAGCACUUUGAGGAGAAUUCAAAUAAUGAAGCAUCAGGAUUGAAUGUAGCAGGAGGGUCGUCCGAGGGUAACACGCAAGGACUCUCCUAAACCAAAAAACACGAAACAGAAAGUGUCACAAAAAUCUAGUUAGUAACUUUUCCUCCCGUUUUUUCUCUCUAAAGAUGUUUCUCUCCCUUUUUUUUAAGAAAAAAAAAAGAAAAAAAAGAGAAAAAAGGAAAAAAAAAAAAGAAAAAAGAAUAUAUAUAAUGUUUCCAAUCUUCCCAUCGUAAGCAGGGCUCCCCCGAGGAUCCCUCAGUAGCCAAGGACCUUUUCUUGGAAAGGCAGACGCUAGGAAGCACGGGGUGGGGAUGGAAAGUGGCUCUGUCACAUGGAAAAGAGCUUCCAUGUAAAUCCAAAGCUUUAUUUUGUGUCCAAACACACGUUAAAAAGAAAGAAAGAAAAAAAAAAUAAUAAAAAAAAACCUAUUUCAGAGAGAGAUCUAUUUAAGAAAAAAAAAGCAAAAAUAGCAAAAAAAAAGUGGUAGGAGAGGAAGGGCUCGGUCAGGGCGGGACACGGUGCCUGGAGCGGGGCCUUCCCCACUCCGCUCUAUGGGAAGUCAGAGCUCCAGCGGUGGCUGCUGCGUCCCGGGGCAGCAUCCAGGGACACGGGGGUCAGGUUUUUGGGGUGAGGGCUCAGGGUCCGUCCCAGCAGCCCCGUAUGAAGGUGGGUUUGGCACCAGGGGAGCGACGGCGGCGGCUCCGGGGAGAAAAUUGCCGAAAAUUGCCUAAAAAUUUGCCUAAUCAUGUGAGGGACGAGCAGGAGUUUGCAGGGCGCCGGGGUGGGACACGCGGUGCGGGGACACCCCGUGGUGGGGACACCCGUUGUUGGUGUGGGGGCACCCAAGGCUGGGGACAGUCAGCAAUGGGGACACCCCAUGUUGGGAACACUCUGGCAUUGGGGACACCCAAUGUUGGGGAUACCUAAUGUUGGGGACCCCCAGUGCUGGGGACACUGUCACCACCAAGGGUGCCCCCAUCCCCAUCCUGGGGUGUCUGUCUGCUCCCGGGAAGGAGCUGAGAUGGAUCCGGAUCCCACCGGCCCCUUCCCAGCACCCGCUGCCCCAGCAGAGUUUGGGGCUGGGUUGGGGGGGCCCCAGCUCCUUCCCCCCCACCCCCUCAGUCUCUGCAGUGGGUUUUAGGCACCGGCCGGCACAGCCGAGCCCCGAAAGCACCUAAAAAUGGCAAAUUCCUUUUGGAAAAGGUUAUUUGAGGUCUCCCUUGAAGGGGCAGGAGGCCUUUGGGCAGGGAGGGGGGUGAUGAGCUGCAGCACCCCGCUCCCCCCAGCCCCCCCAUUCCCAAAAAGUAAAUAUAUAUAUAUAUAUAGAGAUGCUCUAUGGCUCGAGAGGCGGGUAAAUACCCCUCGGGGUUAGCGGAGGACGAUGAGAAAAGGCACCUUUCAGCUGGUCACCUGUUUUCUAAAUGCACAUUUUUAAAUGAAACGAAACAAAACAAAAAAAAAAAAGAGAUUUUAAGCCCUUUUAUUUUAAAAAAAAAAAAGCACUUUUUAGAUUCUCUUCCUUUUAUUUUUUGGUUUUAUUUCCUUUUUUUUUUUUUUUUUGGUGUUUUCGUUUUUACUUUCAAAAAGCAAAGAGCAGGUUUUUUGGCCGAAUGUAUUUUGGAGAGGGAGUGAGAGGGGAGUGUGUGCUGGGGGGGAGGGCUGAGUGGUGGGGCUGGGGGAGAGAUGGAUGUUUUAUUUAAUGCAGAAAUAAAAACAAAACGGAAAAAAAAAGCAAUAAAAAAAGAAUUAAAAAAAAAAAAGGAGAAUUAAAAAAAAAAAAACCACAAAAAACCAUGAUUAAAAAAAAAAACACAAUAAAACAGAAAAAAAAAUACAAAGAAGUCUUAGCACUUUGCGAUGGAACGGGUACUUUGAGCUCACUUUAUCUUAAUUUAAAAAGCAAAAGCAAAAAGAUGUUUACAAGUGAAAAAAAAAACCAACUUCUACGGAAAAAAAAAGUUAUUAAAAAAAAAAAAAAGAAAGCCUAAAUUUAUUUUUGUAAGAAAAAAAAAAUAAAAAUGUGUAUGUAUAUAUAUAUAUAUAUAUUUAACAAAGAAAGAGAAAAACCAACAAAAAAACCCCAUAGGCAGAAUCCCAAGUUGUAGUUCAUGGAGCCCCAGCAGCCGGCAGUGGUGGGAUGGGAGGAACGGGGCUCAUUCCGACACCAGGCUGAGUUUUAAAGGCAGAAAUCCCACGGAAGCUCGAAUUCCGGGCGGGAAUGCCGGGGUUUGCUCUGGGGCUGUGUGUUGUUCAUUUCUCCCCUUUAUUAUCAUUUUAAGUUUAUUCUAUUUUAUUUCUUCGAUGUUUUCUAGCCAGUGCUAGGCCAGACGUCGCUCCGGACAUUGUGGGGGGGGACCCCAUGCUCCCGGGGCUUUGUAUCCCCCCAGAAUUCAGAUCCGGGCAUCAAAUCCCUUGGGAAGAGGCCCAGAUAAAACCCCCCCCCGCCCCUCCAUGGGCUCCUCUGCGUAGCACUGGCUAAUUCUGGCAUAUGCAAAAAGAAAACCCAGCGCGGAAUUGUAAAUAGACACUUACUUGA